AUUUCGUGUUCGUUUCGUUUUAUUUACAUUCAGCAAGUAAGUCGGCUAGACGCUAGACUUACACAGUUCUGCCCGGCAGAUUUGUUAAUGCACUCGUUUUUUCGGCGUUGCACAUUAUUUUUUACUAAUAAUACUGUACACGUUUAUCCUUAUAUUAACAAAAUGUCUCUAGACAUAGCAGCAAUCGGUGCACAGAAAGUUAAAGGAAUUCCUAGCGGGGAAUCCGUGGAGUUGCAGAGUUUCUGGCAGGACCAGAACACUGUGAUCAUCUUCUUCAGACGCUGGGGCUGCGUGUUCUGCCGUCUCUGGGCUAAAGAGCUGGCUGAAAUAGCUCCGGUUCUGCAGAAGCAUGACAUCAAGCUGGUUGGAGUGGGGGUGGAAGAGGUGGGAUCCAAGGAGUUCAUCGAUGGAAACUUCUUUGAUGGAGACCUAUACUAUGUGGAAGACCUGUCGACCUACCGGAACCUGGGCUUCAAGCGCUUCAACACUGUGAGCAUCUUAACCUCGCUGCUUUGGAAGCAAUCGAGAGAUGCCAUCUCUAAGGGGAAGAGCAUGGAUCUUGGCGGGGAUCUGAAAGGGGAUUGGGUGCAAACUGGAGGGGCAUUGUUGGUCAAAAAGGGAGGAGAGGUGGCGAAGCAUUUCGUUCAGACCGGGCCGGCGGAACAUUAUCCGAAUAAGGAUAUUUUGCAGGCGUUUGGUUUGGAGCAUGAGUACAAUCCAGAUACCAUGGCGAACAAGAAACCAGAUGAGAAUGCUUGCCCGACAGAGACGAAAUCCUAACUUCUGGCAGAAGUUACACUCCAUAUGGGCGGAGCGUCGAUGUAAGAAAAGGCUUAAUUUAACACAGUAGUUACACAUUGGUUGCUAUAUGACACAUAGUUCCAAAUUUUCACCAAGUACAUUAUAUUAUAUACUUUACAUUCAAAUAAAUAAAUAAAAGUAACGUAUCAUUAAGUAGAAUAAACGCUCAACAUGUUUCAAUGAAUGAGUAUAGUAUGAAUUUUAUGAAAUGACUUUUUCGGCUCGGAGCCUAAUCUAUUAAACAAAAGGUAUUGUUUCCUUUAUGCAGCGAGUACUUCUGCUACUACACGCCGUCAUUAGUAACAGGGAAUAAGCCGUUUGGAAACCAAUUUUACCAUCCUAUUUAUAUGGUUCAAAUUCAUGAACCAGCCCAUUCGGAUGUAACAAGAUUUGUUAUCUCAAAAAAUAAUGUGUUUUUGCUACCCGCGUCGCUGAUUGUCCUUCGUAUAAGCUGUUACAUAAAUUUGAACUUUAAUACUAUCACGAUAUAUGCUUGUGCCGUAAAUAUUAGGGCCCGAGCCGAAAAAUUCAUUUCAUAAAGUUCAUUUCAUAAGAUUCAUACUAUACACGUCGCGCGAUCGAUCAGUAGAGGAACGGUGCAGUCGGUGCUCCAGUCCAAGAUCCACAAAAACAUAUCGUUUAUUCAACUUAAUAAUUCGUGAAUAGCAAGUUAAAAAUAAUUUUAAUAUGUUCAAGUCUCACGAGAGUUUCAUAGUUGAAAUGUAAUUCAAAUUAGUAGUUGAUUAACAGUUAGGUACGCUUGAAAUUCUACGCAUUCGUAACAGUUUAUUAUUUUACAAACAAAGUAAAUAUUUUUCAUGGUAAAUAAUGAGACGGGAUUGCCAAAACCUGAAAUUUUAAUUGAAAUGUCAUAUAAAACGUUAAAACAGUAGUUAGACUACGACAUAUUUAUAAAAAAAAAAAAAAUAUUAUCAACGUUUUGAAUUAUUAUAUUAUUUAUAUUUGGUAGGCUGGUAAAUAAAAUAUAUUAAAGAAUUUAGGCUAUGUGAAUGUGGAAUAGAUUUCCUAUAGAUAGAGGUGAUUGGGACAAUGGGUCUAAAAUAUUGGUUAACUAAAAUGAUGGAAUAUUUAAGGCUAUGAGUUAAUGAUUAAAUGCAUGAUUAGCCUUAAAUAAGGUGCAUGGGAUAAAAUGCUUAGAUUUAUAAAUGAUCUAAACACUUAAGACUUAAAAUUAUUAAAGACUAUGGGAAAAAUAUUAAAUUAAGGAUAUGAGAAAAAAUUAUAAAUAAUAAAAAGGUUUUUGUCACGUAAUUAAACUUAUGAGUAUAUUUUAAAUUAUAAUUGUUGCCUCUAUCGUUGUGGGCUAUAAAGUAAAGGAAUUUGUAAUAAAAAGUGCAUAUUAAUUUGAAGAACCGGGAGAACUAAGGAAUGAAUAAGUUUUGAUAUCAAAAUUAUUGAAAAAAUUAGAAUGACUGUUAAAAAUGUAUUAAAAUUUAUAAGGCUAAUGUGUCAAGAAUUAACCUUUUGAACACCAAGAACACCUUAAGUCGUCGUUACUAGUUGUGCCCACAGCGCCAAGGACAACUAUAGGUGAUAUGGCGGAUGCUGUCAAAGUAACCUUAACACUUUCAAGCAAGGUUUAUUAGCUCGCUUCCGCCCGUUACCUUGGCGUGUAAGUGUCGUUUUUGUUCAAGACGUAAAGCGUUCAAAAGGUUAAAUAAUUGUUAUAUAAAUUAUCAUGACAAAAAUGUAUAUUUUGUUUUAAAAAUAAAACGAAUCUAAAUAAUA